AUGACUUCGUCAGGAUUUGGUGCUUCUAAUAACAGGAAUAGCAGCAAUUAUCGCUCUCAUGAUACUUCAGGUACGUCACAACGUCCAAUUGCACCCUUUACAAUGAUUCUAAAAUCAAGGAUAAAGCAACCUCAAUUUUAUUGGUUUCUAGGUCAUUUCUUUACGCUCUACCAUUUUUUGAAGUUCCAUCUAUCAUUCUUCUCAAUUGCAAGCCAAAAAUACCAUUAUAGAAUGAUCCUUUUAAAUAUUUCAAUCACAUACGGCAUUGUUCUCUAUCAAUUUUUAAAGAGUGGUCAAUUAAAAUUAACAUGGUCUAAUAUAAGGGAGAAUGUAAGAACAUUGGACAAUUUACAAUAUUUUAUCAUGUUAUCGACGCUGUUCAUUUGUUCCAUCCUAUCAGGUGGGAAAGUUUCCAUUACUGGUGCAUCAUACGCUCCCGUGAUAUUUUCUAUCUUCCAUUGUUUGAACUAUUUUAAAGAAAAUUUAUUACCUUUCCUACCGAUUUCUCCUCAAUUGAAAAGUGUGCUAAAUAGAAGAAUCACUUUAUUUUUAGCUAAUUAUAACGAAAAAUUCUUAACCAUGGCACAAACUUUUGAAAUAAUGUGUGCCCUACGUGUUGGUUUAUUCGGCUUACCCAUGACCCUUUUAAAAAUUAUAUUCAAUUUCCAUUGGAAUAAUUUAUUAAGUUUAAUCGUUAUCGCUAAUUAUGUCAUUUUCUUCAAAUUAAGAUUGCUACAGAGUGAAUCCAUGAAAUUACUACUGAAUCAAGUUAUAUUGAGAGUUGAUAAUUAUUUGUUGGCAUCACCCAACAUGAUGCAAUUCCAACCCUUUUGGCUGAGAUACAAACAACUUGUCGCAAGAUUAUAUGAUUUAGUACCACCUUCUUUGAAUACCAUUGCUAAGACUCAAUCCACACCAAAGAAAUCAAACCACAUAUGA